GAUGCAUAUCUUUCGCAGAUGGAUGGAUUAUGAACAUAACAAGUAACAUAUACGGGUUUCCAUGGAUACCGGCGGAUAAGUUGUCAGACAGAAACUCUCCAAGAUUCAAGGAGGCACAAAACUUCUUUUGCGGAAAAAUAAACGAAAUGUUUCAGUCAGAGCCUGUUGUGGGGAAUGCUGUAAAGGAAAGAUAUUAUCGGUGUUUUAUUUGUAAUUUCAAGCAAACAAAUCUACAUUUCGAAGCCCCUGUAUCAUUCACGUACUCUCUCGUUUUCAAUGGCUCAGACCCAGUGCCGAAGGCUGUCGUGGAUGGACUGAUAGCCAGCAACACGGAGAUCUACCAUUUUGGGAACAAAGUGUGGAAUCUGAUCGGUGAUUGGUUAGUUAACCGUGUUGACGUCACGAUGGUGAGCGUUAAUAUGUCAGAUUAUAUAAAACAAGAGAAGCAAGUGAAGCAGAAUCCUAACAUAGAUAACCCAUGUUUUCCGGACAAGAACAAUGUUAUAUUGCCGGACAUGACCAAUCCAUCAGGUUACAUCUCCUGUAACCAUGGAAAUGAAUUAAGAUUCACGUGCGACCAGAAUAUGGCAUUUGACCCGAAGACCAGUAAAUGUGUGAAAAGCGCAACAGUUUUGGCAUAA